AAAUUUCCGCCUCAUUCGACCUUCGACGUUCUCACCUUGACGGAUUGACUUGAAGGGAUUUCUUCCUUGAUCUUUUUCGUCCUGUGUGGUAUGUGUUGACCAAGUCUGCAACUUCGUACCAUCGACUCUCCUCCGCAACCAUGUUCCAGCUCCCAGCGUCGCGAGGCGAUGUCGAGAACCUCCUCGGCGCAGUUUGGGACUCCCUGACCUUCAACCGGGUCUUGGUCGGCGCGGGGAUGCUGUUUCUUUUCUCGAAUGUGAAGGGGUUACCGGGCGUCUGGCAUUACCGUCUCUUCAAAGGCCUAGUCACCGAACUGGUCUGGAAGCGCUCGCGCCAACCCGCGCCUUUGAUCGACUCGCAGGGCCGACCGCGCCUGUACAGCUACUUGGUCACCGAGUGCGCUAACCCGAUCAUCGAGUGCGAUUACAACCUCCACAAGUCCAACAGCACCUUCUUUUCGGAUUUGGAUAUCAACCGCACCCAGCUGAUGAUGGCGCACUUUAAGCACGUCCUCUCCGCCUCAUGCAUGCCGCGCACUGGCGGCGGCCGAAAGAAGCCGCUCUUGAUGGCCAUGGGCGGCGUCUCAUGCCUGUUUCACCGCGAGGUCAAGCCGCUGCAGCGCUAUGAGAUCUGGUCGCGUGUACUAGCGUGGGACGAGAAAUGGGUGUACGUGGUUAGUUACUUUGUGAAGAAGGGGGCAUUAACACAGGACGGGAAGAUCAAGGGAGAUCCUGAUGCGAAGUUUGUGUUGGCGUCCGGGCUGGCGAGAUAUGUGUUUAAGGAGGGAAGGGUCACGGUGAAGCCGGAAGAGGCACUGCGAGAGUGUGGCUUAUUACCGCUCGUAGGAGAAGACGGUGCGGCGGUGGUCGAUCAGAAGGGAGCCGUUGGUUGGGGCAAGGAGCAAUUUGAGAUCGAAAAUCAGAAGGGACUGGCAAUUGCGCGCGGAUUCUCUGGUUUGGAGGUUUUGCCUUCCAUGACUAGGUUCGGAGAAUCGGGCGUGCUGGGGAGAUAUGGGGAUUUCUGAUCUGAAGAGCCUGUGGGCAGAUGGUAGAGAGACUCACGUUGUUUUAUAAGCUGGCCGGCCUGCAGUUGAUCGAAGGAUGUCGGUAGGCAGCAACAAUGUCUCGAUGACGAUGUACUAGGGUGCUAUUCUUCUUUUAGCUGUCAAUAGAAACGAAGCUUGGGACUUUGGUC